AUGCUGGACCAGACGCUAGCUCAGCUGUAUCCCAUGGAUAUACCGCACGUCACGGCAGUAGAACUACCGCUCGCAGUGAAGCACGUGGAUCGAGCAAUAGCAGCAAUUGGAGGCAAGAAGAAAAUCGCCGACGCCAUCAACCACGGCGAGCCGUUGGAGUUGCGCUUGCGCAAGGAUCCGUUCCACCACCCGGUGAUGGCGCUGACCUCGUCGAACGAACGCAUCUUGCUCAGGGUCUCCAUCCCGAAAAGCAAGCUCGCGGCGCGUGGCGACCACGCGGCGCAGGGAGUACUGGUGCGCGAUUUGAUCAAGCUCAAUGACGACGACCCCACUACGCCUAAGACCAAGAUCAAACCCGUUGCCAUUGUCGACAAGACGUAUCGGUUCCGUGCCAUGAGCGAUUUCCAAGUGAACACGAAAAACAAUGAGAUGGUCCAGCAGUUUAACCAACAUAUCCUCAAUUGCAAAAACUAUACUCGCUUGAAAAGAUACAUUGGCUCGCAUCAUGAUUUCCAGGGAUUGCUCGAGUGGAACGAGACCUACUUCCAGAACAACGACCACGGCUUGAUCCCGCCGCCGAUCUUAUCCCCGAUCCGAUUCCCCUUUGAUUACAACUACAAGAAAAACAGAAUCACCACCUCCGUCAAAGACGAGAAAAGCGGCCAGGUCAAGAUGGUCUCGACAAAUGUGUCCAUAAAGCUCCACACAAAGAUCAUUGACCACUCUAGCGAGACACCCAUGCAGCCAGCUUUCAACUUGUUGAAAAACAGAGAAGCCAUCUCCAAACUGAAGAUGCAUCCGCACGACCCCAGUUUCCUCCUAAUCCAAUGCAUCGAAUGGACGGAACGAAUGUUUGAAAUGAAGCCCGUAUGGAUACGAAAACAUCUUUACGACUUGGCGCCCGAGGAUUUGAAAAAAUACUUGAAAUUGGCCUUGCCCUACGUGACGUAUAUUUUCCGCAGCGGGCCCUGGCGAUUUUGCAAUCUUAAAUUGGGGGUUGACCCGCGGAGUGAUUCAAAGUAUUGGAUAUACCAAAGCGAGUAUUUCCGCGUUCCGGGAGUCACCGAUUCAUCCGAGGUGAGCGCAAAGGGGAAUAUAAAGAGAAUCACACCGCGAUCGUUGGAGAAGGCACUGGAACAAGUUGAAAUUGCCCAAAAUCUAUUUUUUGAUGGCGUCAAUCUACCCACGACGUCGACGUAUCAACUUGGCGACAUUUUGGACCCCGUGAUUACUUCCAUCUAUGAGAAUGACAUGAAGGAAAUGGGAAAGGACUUUUUGCGGCGAACUUGGGAUCUUCAAGAUGGCUGGGUCAAUGCUCGAACGAUGAACCUUGUGAGGAAAAUCGUGAGGUAUAAAUUAAACCAAUUGGUCAAGGAGGAGCCGAUCGACCAGGGCAAGGUAUACGCAAUGGUUGACUCGGUUAAGGAGGAAGCUUAUGGAGUAAAGGAAGACCCCGAUAAUGAAGUUGAAGGCGAAGCUGAUGGUGCUGACGUGGAAGAAGAAGAAAUAGACGAAGAAAACAACGAGGACGACGAAGUGGAAACGGAAAUAGCAGCCUCUGACGAUAUCAAAGACGAUGCCAUGGAAGUCGAUGAAGAAGACGUGUUGGCAAGAUUACAAAAUUUAAAUGACGACGCUACUGCGAAAUUGCGCCACGUUCUACAAUAUAUCAAACAGGACGAUCUAGAUGACUCAGAGAACGAAUGA